AUGGGCGAUGAACCCGAGAGUAUAGAGCUUCUUCCGGUUUCAGAGCAUCAUGAUGAUAUCGGGGGAAAUGAAGCCAAAAACAUGAACGAUAAGAGUACACAAAUGUACAUGUGGUGGCCAAAGGCACAGCUAUUCCCGCGAAAGCUCGAAAGCUUUCUAUCCCUUCCAGCACGAGUGGCUGCCGUAAUAUCCAUGAUCGGGCUUUGGUUGAUUUUAUGCAUCACCAUAAACAACAGCUCAUUAUUUAUGAUACCAUAUGCUGAAGACAGCCCCGUGGUACCGCUUUCGUGUGGUGACGGCGGUGGUUUCUGGAGUCAUCCCAAUGAGAAAUGCGGUAUCGAUGCUGCACAAUGCACGGGCAGCCGAGCCGAGGGGGUUUUUGCUUUUAGGUGUCCAGCAAACUGCAAGCACGAUGGUAGAACGUUCCAAAAAACACCCAUUGGAUCAACAACAGUCGAGAGAGCGCCGCUGGUCAUCGGGGGUGAUAACUUGUAUCGUGCAGAUUCAACCCUCUGCGCUGCGGCAUUGCACCAUGGCGCUAUCUCUAACAAGUACGGAGGUUGUGCCAAGGUAAGGAUGAUAGGACAGCACAACGGGUUCAACUCUACGCUGGAAAACGGAAUCGCAAGCUAUGCGUUUGACAGCAGCUUCGUCGGGAGCUUCGAGUUCGUCCCUCUAGAUAAAUGCAAAGGAUGCACUGAUCGCCGAAUUGCCGUUGGUGUUGUGUCAGUUUUGAUGUCGAUGCUUACAGGCUACAUAUUUGCUUCUCCUUGGCUGUUCUUGUGCACACAGUGCAGCAUUGGGUUCUGGGUUUUGUACUUUGGGGUGGACCCUCCAUUGAAAGCCGGAACUGCCCAAUUGAAUGCUGAAAUAAUAUCCACAGGAUUCCAGAGAUAUAUGGUAGCUUUGUGGGGAGUGUUUCUUAUCUACCAUAUUGCAGCAAAAGCUCAACUAGAAAACAUGCAAGCGAAUCUCUCAAGGGCGAUUUUUUGGGUUUUGCCUUUCUACGUGGGGAUACUAGAGAACUAUACGUUUGCACUUUUACCAAUUGACCGUCUUUUAAUAUCCGACUUCAAUUCACAGGCGGGUGGUUGGAUCACUGUCGUGAUAUUGACAGGGCUAAUCGUGCUAGGUGCUAUCAGCCAAGCCUUUGCAUUGUACCGAGCCAAGAAGCUCAAAAAAAUGAUUAUUAUUUAUUCAGCCAUUCUGGCAGUCAUAUGUGUGUUAUCAGUUAUCCCAAACGAAACACUGCGCGUACACCACUAUCUUCUUGGCCUGCUUUUCCUCCCUGGAACGGCCAUCCAAACCACCCCGAGUCUAGCUUACCAAGGGCUCUGCGUGGGGCUGUUUGUGUCUGGCGUGGCAAGGUGGGGACCAGCCUCUAUUCUUGAAACAUCUGCACAUGUGAACAGGAACAGAGACACCAGCGGUGAAGACCUUGAGCUCUUGCAGCCGACGAUAAACGGUCGCGACGGAGCACUGGGGGAGUUUUUAAUCAAUUGGACAGGCAGUCAAGGCCAGUUUUCUCUCGUUGUAAAUGACGUGGAGAUCUGGAAAGGAAACAAAACAACCUUCAAUCUGACGGACUGGGUAGAGACCCACGUGGAGAAACCCUUCCCUUCCAAGAUCUAUGUCAGGGUCGCUCGCGUCCUGAGAAAUAAUCAGGUGGGAGGGUACACGCACGCAGGAGUAAUAGACACGACCAACAACCACUGGACUCCACCCGAUAAGGGGUUUAUUUAG